AUGGCAGGCCUGGCACAAGUCGAGUACCACGGCAACGGAAUCGCUCAUAGUCUUAGGAACCUGUCCACUUAUGUGUGUGAUCAAGCUUGGGACGCGAACGAUGGGGAUUCGGGCGGUGAUGGCGUCGAGAAACCUCUGCUCCCAGCAGGUGUGUCUGACGACGCACACCAUGCCCGGAGAUCGAUACUAUCUCAUGUAUCUCAGAUCCAAAUCCUUCUAGAACAGCCCGCUGACUUUCUGCAGCGAUUGGCUAGACAGAACCAAAUGCUUGCUUGCUUGCGCUGGCUGAGCGAGUAUCAAGUAUUAGCAUGCAUCCCACUCCAGGGUCGGGUGCCUUCCAACGAUGUAGCCGUCCUGCUUGGAGUACCCGAGAGUCAAUUGGUGCGAAUAGUUCAAAUGACGGCCACGGAGGGCUUUUUAUGCCAACCUGAACCUGGCAAAUUGGCCCAUACAGCAUUAUCUGCCCCUUUUGUUGAAGAUCCUAGCUUGCAGGAUGCCGCCCUCUUUCUUUCCGAAAUUGCGGCGCCGACGGCCUUUCAAAUGGCUGCCGCCACCCGACGAUGGGGGCUGUCUUUAAAAGGAAACGAGACACCAUAUAAUAUCGCCUUGAACACAUCCAAGACUUUCUCCGGCGCAUGCCAGCAAAGCCCUCGGAUGCGACGUCAAUGGCCUUCUUAUCUCCAAUACGGAAUGGGCGAUGUCGAAGCUGGCGUCACUGACAUUCUAACUAAACUAGACUGGCGUAGCCUAGGUAAUUCCACCAUAGUCGAUAUGAGUAGCAUUGCCGACUCUCAUGAACUAACCGCAACGCUUGCAAGCCGUAUCGUCGUCCAGCAGCGCACGCCCGGUGCACCACAACAGAUUCGUGAUGCAGCACUCUUCAUUGUCCGUCUCCCCGCGACGAGCCACGUGUUGUCAUCUAGGGUAUCUGGGGAGCUGAAUGCGCACAUCGGCGCGCUGUCCUUAAACCCAAGGGCCAGGCUAUUGCUCGUUAUUCCAAGCGUGCUGCGCGAUACCGGCGGGGGAACUGGCGUGGAGAUCGAAGUACAGGCGCGAUUGCGAGACCUGGCGUUCUGGCAGUUAACCAAUGAAGGCGAAUUGGAUAUGGAGGCGCUGAUCGGCCUCAUCAGUGGUGUGCGCGAUGGCGCGGGCCAGCUGGCCAUAGUCAAUAAAUUUGCAGCGACUCAUCAUCCUGCCAUAGCGUUCGAGAUACGUUAUCAGACAUAUACCCAACAGGCAUUUAUGCAUGACGGUUAUUUAGUGGAAAUUAAAAAAUAA